AAUGACUAUUUGGCCGCAGGACUGAAACCACAGAACGAUCUUGGUCUUUCAGCAAUGUAUCCAACAAGUCAAAGAUUGCAAGUGCUGUAAGAUUUUCGUAUAUAGUCUGCCUGUUAAAAACCCGCUACAAAGCUUCCAUUGAGCUACUCGGUUUUGUGUGCAGUUUCAAGAGGACACAAGUGGAGACAAACGGACCUUCGUAAGAUUUCGUUCAAAUAUCCACAAUAUGGAGUACACCUCGUCUCCGAAGCCUCAGCUCUCUUCUCGGGCAAAUGCGUUCUCAAUAGCCGCUCUGAUGUCUAGUGGGAAAACAAAAGACAAGGAAACGGAGGAAAACACAAUCAAACCCCUCGAGCAAUUUGUAGAAAAAUCAUCCUGUAACCAAGGCUUGGGAGAGCUGUCUUCUCUCGAUGCACAUGGAGACUACGGAGGAAGUGCGCCUGCGGUGUGCACGGAGCCUCUCAUCCCAACUACCCCUGGCGUGCCCAGCGAGGAGAUGGCCAAAAUCUCCUGUAGUUUGGAGACCAAAGAACUAUGGGACAAAUUCCAUGAACUUGGGACAGAGAUGAUCAUUACAAAAUCUGGAAGAAGAAUGUUCCCCACCAUCCGUGUGUCCUUCUCUGGGGUAGACCCGGACGCCAAAUAUAUCGUGCUGAUGGAUAUUGUUCCAGUGGACAACAAACGUUACCGAUAUGCCUACCAUAGGUCAUCAUGGCUCGUGGCGGGCAAGGCCGACCCUCCUCUGCCUGCACGGUUAUAUGUCCAUCCUGACUCCCCGUUCACUGGGGAACAACUGCUAAAGCAAAUGGUCUCUUUUGAGAAAGUCAAGCUAACCAACAAUGAACUGGAUCAACAUGGACACAUUAUCCUAAACUCCAUGCACAAAUACCAGCCCCGUGUCCACAUCAUCAAGAAGAAGGAGCACACCGCCUCGCUCCUCAACCUGAAGUCAGAGGAAUUCCGCACCUUCGUCUUCACAGAGACUGUCUUCACUGCUGUCACGGCCUACCAGAACCAGCUGAUAACCAAGCUGAAGAUCGACAGUAACCCAUUCGCCAAAGGCUUCCGUGACUCCUCACGGCUGACAGACAUGGAGAGGGAAAGUGUUGAGAGUUUGAUCCACAAGCACUCGUAUGCCCGGUCUCCUAUCCGCACCUACGCAGGUGAGGAAGAGACCCUGGGGGAGGACGGCCACUCCGCACACACUCGGGGUUCUGCGUUCACAGCCUCAGACAAUCUGUCCCUCACCUCCUGGGUCACCACCACCUCCGGCUUCUCAGGCUUUCAGCACCCCCAGUCCCUCUCCGCCAUGGGCACCAGCAGUGCUUCGCUGGCUGCCGGCUCCCUGCCCCACCCAAUCCAGGGCUCCCUGCCUCCCUACAGCCGUCUGGGCAUGCCCCUGACACCCUCAGCCCUAGCAGGCACCAUGCAGGGCAGCGGGCCCUCCUUCCCCUCCUUCCACAUGCCACGUUACCACCACUACUUCCAGCAAGGCCCCUAUGCCGCCAUCCAAGGACUACGCCACUCCUCAACGGUCAUGACCCCCUUUGUAUGACUCAACCCGGGGCACUAGGUCAGAACCAGACUUCCAUUUCUAAACCCCAUGCCAGCUCAUAGACAUGUAUGUAAACACCCAAAUAUCUCCCACCUACUCCCAUUCAGAAUCGUCACCCCUCCCCUUUAUGUAGUUUUUUGUAUAUAAUGCACCUGGGGCGCUGCAGGUGCCUUUAACGACCUGGAGAGGCUGUCGCCUGCUGACCGCCGUACCGGAGAGACAGAAUACAUUGGGACCCUCAUAGGAACCCUCUGAGACGUGAUGAACAUUCUUCACAUGAACAUUGAAGACCCCCAAUUUGAAGAUGAAUAACUGAAUAGGAACCAUGGACUGAAGAACAGUGGACUACUAGACCCAGAGGCGAAGGUAUUCAGAGCUUGGGAGUCAUCAUCUCAGUGGACGCGCUUGUUGGGAGCCCAUCACCUACAAUGUGAACACAUGGCUUUCCUCCCUCGAAACGGAAACUUACUCAAACUCGGCUCGGACAUCGUUUUUUUUUAUUGCUAUCUUUAUCUCUGACUUGCUGUUGCCAUAGCAAUGAUAUUUGUGCACAUCCUGUAGAAAGGAGGCAGACCAAGUAACUCUUUACCAUAAAAAAUGCCAGCCAUUUGCACAGUGCAAACCAAAUCAUAAUUAUUUAAUGAACAUAAUGACAUAAUGUAUAAUAGCAGUUCUUAAAAGAUGCGAAUACACACUGCAUAAACACAUUUGAACUCAUAGGACGCAUGCUGACUGCAACAGAUAACGCAUAUGAAUAACUUUUAUGUUGGAUGAAUAACCUAAUGUUACCAAGCUUUUAGGAUUUGUUCCUGUUUGCCAUGACCAAGAGGAAGGUGUAUACUAGUUUAUAUUGACCUCUAUUUAUAUCCAAGUUGUGCAACUCUGGAAUGGAAUGCCAAAUGUCAAGUUGUCAUUGUCAAUAUGGUCACUUUUUAUCCAUUCCCAUAAGUGGUUGAACUAAGAAAAAAGAAAUGCAGACUGAAUAUAAAAAAACAUCAGAAGGAGACAUUUUAUUCUUUUAAAUAUUUUAAAGAACACAAAAAGCAAGAGUAAAGAUAUUAUGAUAUAAUUUGUACUGACCAUCGAAAAAUUACUUAGUCAUUCAUGAAUCACAAAAAAGAUUAUUUAGAUAAGAUACAAACUGUCCUUCGCACUGGGCAACAGUUAGAGUUAACUAACUUAACACCUUAUCCUGAGUGGCCUGUGCCCUCCAUUGCUGCUUCAGCCUGUGUCGACAGUUCUCUGGGAGGGAGUCCACACCUGUAAAUGAUGGUUCUGCAAUUCCCCACUCUGCAACAGGCAAGGAAAACCAUGGAAAGGAGUGAUUCAGGAGUGCAUCAGCUUCAUUUGGGCUAUCGCACAGGGGGCAAUUCAUCUGGACACAAUAACCAAAUUACACUGCAGUUCUGAUAGUGGUGCAGCGAAAGCUGUGUGAAAGAGAGAGAAAGCAAAAGAGAGAAAAAUACAUAGGUUACGAUACAGGUUACGAUCCCUUGGAGAGAGACAGAGAUAGAGAGAGGUACUCCCUACUACUGUACACAUAGAAUCAGAUUUGUGUAUGUUUUUUGGCCUGAAAGACAAGCAGUAUUUCAUUUAUCACUGUUGCCAUUUUUUCCUGAGACCUAAAACCUUCAAUCCAAUGAGUUAACUUUGGGCAAUUUCUUUUCAGUAUCAACAUGUGUAUUUUGGGUCAUAAAGUGGGGACAAAUUGGAUGAAUAUGGUGUACUGCAGUACCGUGUGUCUCUAAGUUUGUUUACAGUCUCUCUGAUUCAUGGUUCUCAAUGUAGCAAUCACAGAAAGCCAAAACACACAUCUUUUGGGUUCAGAUUUUAUUGUAUAAUUUUGGGCACCAACUGUACUCUAUUUGAUGCGAUUUAUUAGUGUCCCAAGUCUUUGUUCCAGUGGUAAGCCAACUUUGAUGAAAUACAAUAAUAGAAUAUUGCCAACUAUAGAAUGUCAACAAGGAUAUAGCUAUGUUGAGGAAUAUUUAUUUAAUAGCGUAUCCAGUUAUUUUUCUAUUGCCAGUUUCUUUUGACAGAGGGUUAAAAACUGAUUGAAAGACAUGGUGAAAAAUGUUGCUACCAUUUUUCUUUCUUUGGAACAGUAAAACUAGCAUGGCUGGCGUGCAAACCAGUCCGUUGCUAAAGCCAUGACAUGGGAAAACUUCAAGAUGCUCUGAAGCCUCAAACUUAAUGCUGAACAUUGCCUUUGACUGUGUAAGCAGUGGUCGAUGAUGUUGUGAUUUAUAUUUUUGGUUAAUUGUUUUCCAGCUGAACAAUGUGUAUGCACAUUUACAGUGUAGCAUUAGAAAGAGAGAGGCAAUUAUUUUUUUCUUUUAUUGUUUUUGCUGUGUUUAAAUAUUAUGUUCUAUAUAAUCCCAAAAAAUGACAUCUAACAAGAUUACAUUUUGUUGAUUUUUAAAGUGCAAUAUAUUUAUUUCUGUCCUGAAAAUGAUAAUGUGUAAUGUACUAUCUGAAGCAUCUAGAUGUUAUUUGUAAACCAUGACAAAUAUAUAUAUUCAC